GCCUCGCCCUCUCGCAAUCCCAAUCUCUGCAGAACUAGCUCGAAAAUUCCCUAAAUUUAUGGCACGGUAGUACACACCUACAUAAUGUCGCGGCAACCGCAUCGUCGCCCUCAAAUUGACCCAUCUACACCCGUCACAGGCGUAUCGCAACAGCAUCAACAACCCCCACCAUUACGCGCGACAGCAGCCACAACAGUGCCCCCCAACCUCGAGACACCUCCCGGCUUCCAAUUUCCUCCAGAUGCUCUCCACCCGCGACGUGGCGUGGAGACUCUGGUUGGUGCCUUACCGACAUGGCAACCGCAGGAACGAGAGCGCCUGCAGCGCCAACAGCAACGGCUCGCCGCUCUAGCAGCUGCUUCUGCUGACCGGGUAAGAGGCACGUCGGAGCUUGGGGAGACCACGGAAGGAGAAGACGAAGACGAAUCUGAAGACGGCUUUGAGCACGCUUUCGAUGGGGCCAUGCAAACCGAGGAUAUCGAGGGAGAUGACGAGGAAUUAGAGGAAGGCGACGAAGAGGACGGCGAAGAAGACGAAGACGAGGAGAUGCGUAAUCGCAACCGCUCAGCGUCGCCUCUCCCCCCCGACCUCCGCGAGAUAUCCUCUCUUGCGUCCUGGACUGUGUCUACGCAUAAACCAGGCUGCGGAGUCGCAGCACUGCGAAACCCAUCGCCACAGCAAUUCUGGCAAUCUGAUGGGCCUCAGCCUCAUACGCUUACAUUACACUUCUUCAAACGCGUUGCAAUUGUUAAGCUACGAGUAUACCUCGACUUUGAGCUUGACGAGAGUUACACGCCUACAAAAAUGAUAUUCCUAGCCGGCAUGGGAGGGAACGAUUUGGUCGAGUUUGCAUCCUGGGAUGGCGAGUCGCCGUGUGGAUGGGUCGAUAUACCGCUUGAAGGGGUUGGAGGUCGGAAUAGAAAGAAUACGUAUAGUUCUUAUCAAAGCGGCUCUCGUCCUCGUCGGUCACAGCGGGCUCGGCCAUCUAGAGGCAUUGGGUUGGCAGAUGAUAUGAUCUUCGAAGAGGAGACUGGCGGUGAAGAUAUUGAUGAUAAUGGCCUGAAUGAGGAUCCUGAUGAUCCUUAUGAUGGAAAUGUACUCAAAGCCAUGGUUAUCCAGGUGCGCAUCUGCGAGAAUCACCAGAAUGGAAAAGAUACACACGUCCGCGGGUUCCAAGUCUUUGCACAUGACGAUGAUCGGCGUCGUAUAGCUACUGCCGCUGCCGCCGCAGGACAGCAGCCUGGACAUAAACGCCAAAGUCUGCAUAAAGUACGACCGAAUCCUGAGGGUGAAGUGGAUAUUACAGGCGCGCUUGGGAGAGUACAAGGUCUUGACGAGCCGGAUUGGAUGGGCGAGCCUGUUAUUCGUUAAACAUGGUGUGUUUCUUACGGGUGUUCAGACUUGUGGUUAUUGUAGGCAUUGCGUAUGGAUCGGGAUAGGACACGGCGUUUACUUGUUAAAUUCUUCCAUCGAUACUCAUAGGUCGAGAUACCCAGUGAAUAGUUCUUCAAUGGUACAGUAAUUUAUAUGCAGUGAUUCAAUGCCGCAUGG